CAUAAAUACUAUAGAUAUGAUUGCUAUUAAUGUCAGAAUAGACCACCUCAAAAGCUCGGGAGGAGGGCACUGAAUCUCGCAUCGUACGAUGCUGGUAAGUGCGAUACGAGUACUCGCUUAGUACGAAACACAGUAAAAACAUACGGUACGUACUUUUUCGCUUUUUCCAUCACAACAUUUUUCACGAACCGUUUUUUUCAUCCAAACCACCUCAAAGUCGAAACARCACCCUCUCCACACGACAGAAACAGAAACAAUUCAACUUCGGAGACAUCCAACGAUAGGGCAUCACUCCCACCCUCAGCGUGUCGCAAGAUAUUUUUCCGAUUCCCUUCUUUCCUUUUGUAUUUUGCUUGACAAACUAUAGAACACGAAACGAAAGGUUAGGAACACGAAGCGGAAGUUUAGAAAGCAAUACUGUAUCGCGUAGCCGUAGAAGAACGUCUGUUUGCGAAGAUGAUGAUGGUGACGAUGGUUUCCGUCCCGAACAAGCAGCGCAACCGCAGGGCGACGAGGKCUUCGGCGGGAUUCUUCGCCACCGCGUGUCUUGCGACGGUUGCAUUCCCCAUGGUGCUCUGCUCGGCGUGGAUGCUACGGAAUGCACCGCCGGYUUGUCGCCACCGGCAACCGAAUCGGCAACUGUCAACACCCGGUGCUCUUUGUUCGACGGCGUCCUCGGUUGCCACCCAGGAAACACCAAACACCAACACGAGGGCAACCGGUGAAAAUUCUAGCGACUUUGUCUAUCGACAACUCUUUCCGCCCACCAACGCGAGCAGCAACGGAACGAUACAAACCGAAACAGAUGGGGGAGACRCCGGYGCUUCCGUCGUCCACACGCUCUAUUACGAAAUCCACGGAACCGGUCCCCUGAACGCCCUCUUUCUGCACGGCGGGCCGGGAGCGGGGUGCUUUCCCAACCACGCCCGUUUUUUCGAUCCCUCGAAGUACACCGUCGUCCUGCUCGAUCAGCGGGGGGCCGGGAGGUCCACGCCGAGGGGCUGCGUCGAGGACAACACGCUGGAACACCUGGUGGAGGACUGCGAGCUGGUGCGACGGACCCUCCUGYCGGAACCCCGGGGCGGGGCGGCACCGUGGGACUGCGUCCUGGGGGGCAGCUGGGGUGCCACGCUCGGCCUGGCCUACGCGCAGAGGCACCCACACGCGAUGCGAAGCCUCGUGCUCCGCGGGAUCUGCACCCUGCGGCCCACCGAGGUCGACUGGCUCUUCGGCGCGGGGGGGGGCUCGGCCCGGGCACUGCCGGGGGCCUGGAAGAACUUUAGCGAAASGGUGCUGGGCGGUGCUGCGGCGGGGGCGAGCGGGCGRGAGGCCCUCCACGCCUACUACGAUUGCCUGAUCGGUGCCCGGACGGUUGCCAACGACACCGAGAACAACGCCAUCCGCUUGGCCGCGGCACGGUCUUGGAUGGGRUGGGAAAUGGCGGCAACCUCGUCCGCAUCGUCCAAACAGGGUGGAAGCAACACCACCCAGCAAUCCAGCGGUGCCGAGAAGCACCUGGUAUUGGUCUCGUCGCCCGGCAAGAACAACGGGGAAUGGAGGUUUGAGAAUCCUCUCGGGGAACCGGUGGCCCCCGGCGACGACGACUGCGACAGCUCCCCGCAAGCCGUGGCGUCUCGGCUGCGCAAGCACAUCGACGACACCGCCGAGGGCACGGCCUCGGAGCCGUUCGCCGAGACCCACCCCCGGCCGGUGCGAUCCAUCGACGAAUCGUCGAUGCCCCUGCUGGCCGGCCUGGGCAGCGAGACCGGGAACCACCAAACCGCCGGSCGCUUUAAGGUGCCACCCGACUACAUUCCCGCCCAGGCCAUGCUCACGUGCUACUACUCGGUCAACGAUCGAUACGUGAUGGGACAGCGGAACAACCUGGUACGGAACGCGGCCCGACAAAGCGCCGCCGGCGGCUUUUCCCGGAUCCGGAUCAUCGGAAUCCAGGGUGGCCUGGAUCCGAUAUGCCCCCCCGACACCGCCAUGGAUUUGCUCGAGGCGGUGCGCAACGGGCGGGGGGAGAACGAGAACGAGAACGAGAACGAAAACCCCGGUGGGAUGGAACUCCGCGUGCCGCUCGGCUCGGGGCACUCCAUGUACGAUCCCGGGAUCCGGCACGAGCUGCUGAAGGCUACCGACCGGAUUGCCGACGAAUUGCUGCKAGAGCAGCACUCGUACUAGCAACAGGGGGGAGAGGGCGAGCACCAGCACGAGCACCAGCACGCACGAGASGGUGGGAUGGUUGUGUGGGUACGUAGUACCAGGUACCGUUUGGAAGCAAUUACAAAUUCUGGUCUGGCCUUUCCCAAACCAACUAGAAGUACGUACUGUAAUUUCGAGUGCAACAAAAAAUACUGUAAUGAAUACCAUUUCACUUU